AUGGAAUCUUUGGCAACAAUCACGCUGAACUGUCGAAAACUAUUGAGUGAACUCCAACAAGCCAUCCUGUCUAGGCUUCUGCGAUAUCUCUGUGUGCCUCCUGCUGCACUGCAAGAAACACGUCGGCCUGUCAUCGAAAAUUACACCAUAUACAGCGGCGAUGCUGAUGAGAACAAAGUAGGUGGCUGCGCAACAACUGUGAGGAACGAUUACAGGGAUUACCUGGUGGAGGAUUUUGGUUCAAGGCAGCGUAGAGGCGCCUUUGCACGACUGCGGGAUCGCAAAGGACCUAAACUCUGGAUCGUAAGUGCUCAUGCACCCCCGGAAACCACUGAGAACGGCAAUAAGGACGCCUUCUAUGAUGAACUCAAUGGGUUGAUGUCUAAAAUACGAAGCCAGCAGGUGGUCAUUGUCGGAAUCGACGCAAAUGUGAAGAUGGGACUCGAACAGCAAUCCGAUGUGCUAGGAAAAUGGUAUUAUCCAGCGAAGCGCAUGUCGGAUAGCGAAGAAUCAUCGACGCCAUCAGCUCACAUGGCCCUUUUAUCGCGUGAAGAGCAGCGCAAGCGGAAGAUCAGUAUUCUUAAAAUUCAGCUCGACUACAUUUUGGCGAGGAAUAUUCCUCAGUCGGAUAUUCGAAAAUCUAGUGCUGUUUGGGACGUCGACACGGCAGUACGGACGAAGAAGAAGCUUAGCGGUGCGGAUUCUUUCACAAAGUGGAUCCAGGACGCUGCAAGGAAACGCUUCCGGUUCUAUUGCCGCGGAAGAAGUUUGCCUUUGCAUCUGUGGAAACAAAAUGCAGGUACAAUUGUAUGUGUCGCGCUAAGCAGUGGUGACUUCAACCAAGAAAAGUGUCUUACAAGGAAGCCGCGUCGUCAACUGCAACAAGACCGCGAUAACGAGUGGACGUCUAGAGCGAUGGAGUUUGAGAAGGCGUGGGAGGUGAGGAACCCGCGGAAAGCCUACGCUCUACUAAAACAGUAUAGCGGCAAAAUGAAAAGAUGUUCUCCUGUCCUUAUCACUGCCAAUGACCUUGCUGAACCGGCAAACACCUCAGCUCCUGAACUCGAGCAUGUUCGUAGGCCGACACAUGCGGUUGACGAGGAGCCAUCGACCGAAAGGAGUGCGCUCCGCGCCGAUGGAGUACCAGGAAGGUUUGUUGGCUUGCUUGAUGACAUGAAUCAACGAACAACUGCUGCAGUUCGAACACCAGCCGGAUGUACAUCACCAUUUGAGGUGGUAACUGGAGUAAGACAAGGGGCUGGGGCAGGACCCUUUCUGUUCAAUUUCGCCGACAUUUCGACAUUAUGCGAAGAACAGUUGAUCAGCGCCCUGUCGAUAUCAUCCUGGCAGGAUGCCCCUUGA